UGCUACUAUCGAUUUCUUUCGAAUAGGGUUCAGAGAAGCGGAAGGCGACGGAGCCGCCGCCGCCGCCGCCGCCGCCGCCGCCGCCGAUUUGGACUCGUCAUCUCUGUCGAUUGUCAUGGGCACUGGUUCCACCGCGAAGCACGCCGUGGAUCGUAUCGAAGAGCUUUUGAGUCAGGGUAAGCUGAAGAAUACUGUCGAGAUACCAACAUCGCGGAAGACUCACGAGCAGGCCGUCUCUCUGGGCAUUCCGUUAUCUGAUUUAGAUUCCCACCCUGUUCUAGAUCUUAAAAUCAACGGGGCAGAUGAGGUCGUUACGAAUAUGAAUCUGGUAAAGGGAAGGGGUGGUCGGUUCUCCGGAAGAUAAUGGUGGAGGCCGCGUGUAAGAAAUUCGUGGUGAUUUUUGACGAAUCAAAGCUUGUAGGCCAUAUGGGAGGCAGCGGGCUAGCGAUGCCGGUCGAGAUUGUUGCGUUCUGUGGAGUGAGCUUAUUCUAUGGGGUCACGAGGCAUCCGUCAACUAGCUUACAAUCUUUCAUUGCCUGGCACCACUUCUAUUGCCAGGUACAUCUCUUCCACGAUAUUUUGCUACAUGUGUUUUUAUGAUGUAUGUAGUAUAUUUAACAUUGAAAUAUUUUGUGAAUUCAGGGUUCGGUUUUGUAUAUCCUUUUGCUUAGGUUUGUUGAUUCAGUCGCUAUAAAUUUGAGCUGGAAUGUUAAAAGGUUAGGUUUGGAAGUUCUAAGUUACUAUGCCUUUAAGGUGUUUGUAAUAAUUCCUCAAUAACUUUUUCAAUUUUAAAUCAUCCUCUUAAGUCUCUGCCUGCUAAAAGUCAAGUACUUUUUUUGUAGUGUCAAAAAUGUAUAACACACUUAACUUACAUGCAGUGUUACCUUGUGCUUUAAUAACCAAGAAGUAACUUGAAUACAUCAACCAUUUCAAUGAAAUGAUUCGUUUUACAUAUUUGGUACCAUGCUUGGUAAAUAUAGUCCAACAAUUUUACUUUUACAUUCUCAAGACGUAUAUUUUAUUAACAUUACAUUCUUUUUUAUUUAAGAGUUUAGGAAAUUCACAUGUAAUCCCAAGCCAUAUACGUUACUACUCUACUUUCAAUCUGGACUGCAUAUAUAUAAUAUACUUUGGAUGUGAGCAACAUCAAAAGAAGAUAUAAACAAUAUGAAUUUUUCCUCUUCCUAUUGCUUUCAUGCUUAUAAUGGCGAGAAACUUUUGUUUGUAGAUCUUGAUUGUGAUGAACUAAAGCCCGGAGUAUGAGAUAGUAUGGGGAAUGAGAUAUCUAGUGCAAAAAUAAUAGUACUACUAUCACAGAAAUAUAAUAAACCAUGGCUUCUAUGAAUCGUCCACGAGAAACUGAUGUUUCCACUUCCAGACAGAGGUACUAUUGCGUACAAAUUGAGAUAGCCUUUGGUGUUCCGUGUUCCAUGAAGCUUAAACAUUUCUUGCAGCAGGUAAUUUGUUUAUGAUAUUAAUUUAAGUCAUUUUUUACAUGAACAAGUUUGAACUUGUCAAACAUGAACUGUAGAGAAUUAAUUUGCUUCUAUCAAAUUUGCUAUCGUGGUUCAAGAAUCUAGAUAGUGCUGCCAUCUCACUGAACAUCAGGCUUAACCAUUAAUCUUUAAAUCUGUAUUGUUUGUGUUAAUUAGAUAUCACUGCUGGUGUUAAUUUGAUAAAUAUAUGACGCACUUUCUCCCUCACUUGCAGGCAAACAAUAAUGAUGAGAGUUUAAGCCUUAAGGGAAGACUGUGUCGCACCAACGAUGUUAACACAUUGAAUGAAGUUCAUUAAACCAAGGAAAGAAGAGAGCUGUAGUUGAUGGAUAUUUUAUGUUACGUUAAAGGAGAAAGAAAUUGUCAAAUUUAUGUUAUUUUAGACAGAAGAUGACAGAUACUUUUUUAAGUUCAUAUGAUUUUGAUUGUAUCAAUACUAAUAUAUUAGAGGUCUUGGUACAUAAUCGUAAUUUAUGUUGCACAAUUUUAUAAUAUGUGUUGCUUAUAAUUAUAUCAAAUUGUUGCCAUUGUCAAUAAAAAUGUUGCAUGAAUUAUCAAUGAA